UCAUACUGGACUCGCUUUGUUCACUUUUCUUACAAUUGCCUUGGCGACAUGUCGUACCAUCAGAGCGUCGACUCGCUGGGAGAUGGCAGCUGGAUCAGCUGGUUCCUUGAGGUCAAGGGCAACGGGUUCGCCUGCCGCGUGCCCACUGACUUCAUAGAGGACAAGUUCAACUUGACGGGUCUGGAGUUCUUUAGCCAUACCAUGGAUUUGGUUUUGGAUCCGGAAUUCGACUAUCAGGGAUGGGACAACGAGGUGGAUACAGCGGAUGCGGAGCAGCUGUACGGCAUGAUCCAUGCCAGAUAUAUCCUAUCCACGCGCGGCGUGGAGGAUAUGUGUCUGAAGUACGAGAGGGGUGACUUCGGCUCCUGUCCGAGGGUCUACUGCAAGGGCCAGAGGACCCUGCCCGUUGGCCUCUCCGAUCAGUGGAACCAGUCCAAUGUGAAGAUCUACUGUCCGCGUUGCAACGACAUCUUUCAGCCCAGAUCUCGUUGUGGACUGCUCGAUGGAGCCAUGUUUGGGACCAGUUUCCCACACAUGUUCUUCAUGCAGCUGCCGGCCAUGAGGCCUUCUCCUCCCCAGGAGAAGUACGUGCCCCGUCUCUAUGGCUUCCAGCUGCAUAGGAAUGCACUGGUUCCACCGGAGUUACCUGAGCAGAUGCCCAAGAGUCAGGGAUCCCCCACCAGCCAGUCUACUUUCUUAUCCUCAACCAAUACCAUGCCACUAUCCAAUUCUGUACGACGCUCUUUGAAGGGAAAGCAGGUUUAACUCUAACUUUUAACCCGAGGAAAGCACAAAUGUUGGUCUGAUGUCUUGUUGUUGCAAUUAAACGGAUUCCUUAUUAGUGCCUUGAUAUGGCCAGGUAUUCUACACUCACUCUCUACACUGAACAUAAACAGAUCCUACAAAGCUAUGGCCAUAUCAAGCACUUGGAAUGAUUAAACGAGUAGCAAAAUGAA